AAUUCGCAGCAGAUGACCACUUGGGUGGAUGGAGAUGGAGGCUUUUAUUGGGGUGGUGAUCGGUCGCUCUGUAGAAGAUGCUGCUAAGUGAUGGAGUGAUGGAGCCGCGUGCUUGAUGUGCAUACUUGAUGCACCUUUUUCUCUCCACUUUUCAGAGCAACAAGUGCAUUAUGGACGACAUAUGGAGGGGCGACUGCACCUGAACACAACACAAAGCGAAUGCAUCAUCAGUCUCUGGAAUGGAGACCGGCAGUUUCCUCCUCCUGGCGGGGAUAUGCUUCGUCCUGCUGUCGCUCCAUGGCUUCACCUUCACCUCUUCCUUACCGACGACGAGCAGCUUUUGUCCAGACCGCUGUGACUGCCAGCACCCGCAGCACCUCAUGUGCACCAACCGAGGCUUGCGCAACGUGCCCAAACCUUCCGCGCGGACCCCCGAGGAGGUGCUCAUCUUCAGCCUCGGUGGUAACUUCAUUAACAACAUCUCUGCCUUCGACUUCACACGGUACAGUAACCUGGCACGGUUGAAUUUGCAGUACAAUCAGAUACAAACUAUCCACCCAAAUGCGUUUGAGAAGCUCUCCAAGUUGGAGGAACUCUACUUGGGACAUAAUUUGUUAUCAAACAUAUCCAAUGGGACUUUGCAAUCAUUGAAGAAACUCACUAUUCUGUGUGGAAAUGAUAAUGGCAUUAAGAAAAUCACACCGGAGCUCUUUCUUAAUUUGGAUAAUCUGGUGAAAUUGCGUCUGGAUGGCAACUCCAUAGAAGUUCUGCAGGACUCUGUGUUUAAAAGUUUGAUCAACCUACAUUAUCUCCACCUGGAGUCCAACAAACUGCAGCACAUUCACAGAAACGCUUUCUCCAAACUCACCAACCUGCGUUUUCUCAACCUGGCGCACAACAAGCAGGCAUCCGUGCGUAAUGCUCUCACUUUCUCUCAGCUCCAAGCCCUCACAACGCUGCUGCUGAAUGAGAAUGAGAUCCAGCACGUCGGAAACCACGUCUUCCAGAGCCUAAAGAAGCUGUCCAAACUGUCCCUCAGCAACAACCGGAUCUCUCAGCUGGACAGUAGGGCUCUGGAGGGACUGUCCAGCCUCAGAGAGCUCCUCAUGGACGGCAACGAGCUGGAGGAAAUCCCCGCCGGUCUCCUGGAUCCUCUGGAGCGUGUCGAGGAGCUGGACUUCAGUCGCAACCGGAUCUCCAGCGUGGACUCUUUGGCUUUUGUGCAACUCAAACAUCUGCGAGUGCUGAAGCUGAAGAGCAACGCGCUCACCAGCCUCUCCGGGGACAUUUUUGCCCUCAACAAUGUGCUUUACGACCUGGAUCUGCACGGCAACAACUGGACAUGCGACUGUCGCCUGGAAGAGCUGAAGAGAUGGAUGACUGCUGCUCAUUCUCAGGGCAAAUUAUUGACUGUUUUUGUUCAGUGUCAUCACCCGGCAACUCUGAAGGGGAAAUAUCUGGACUAUGUGAACAGCUCCCAGCUGCAGCCUCCUGGGAACUGGACCCACUUGUGUAGUAGGAGCCGAGCUGGGCCUGAGGAGAGCCGAGGAGGGGCUUUGUUGGUAAAGGUGGAGGGGGGGAAAGUAGGAGAUAUGAUAAGGCAGGAAGAGAGAGGUGAAGAGGUGGAGGAGACAGAACAGGAGGACAGGGAUGGAGAGAGGAAAGAGGGAGAAAAAAGGAAGAGAGAAGGACAGGAGGAGAUGGGAAUUCAGGGAGACCAAGAGGGUCUAGAGGAUGGAGAAGUCUCUUCUUCACUGGAAAGAAAGAAAUCGAAGAAAGAGCCACUCAGCCCGAGGUCACGACCUCCUGCAGAGGCUGCUGGGAAACGUGCCAAAGGCAGACGAAGGUCAAAUGUCACUUCCAAAACCGAUCCACUAGCUACUUCUACACCGAGUCACGCUGGAAACCAGGACAGAAACUCCACUGAUCCCACCAAGUUUCCGGUCCAGUCAGGAGAAAAGUUUGAUCUUCUGAGGUCAGAUCAGGAAGAGGCUCAACCCGUCAUCACAGAUCCUUGUGUGUUCAACCGCCAUUUCAUCACGAAUGUUUCAGUGGAUCAAGUAACGUCUAGUACUGUCACCAUCUACUGGACCACUAGGGAUCAUCACCGCUACACACCAGGACCUGGUGGGUCGGGCCUGGAUGAAGUCCACUACCGGAUUCUGUUUGACCGUUUCGGCACUCCGGAACGCUUCCCCCGCUUCGUUUACGCUCGUGGCACGGCUCGCUCCAUGACCCUUCGAGAACUCAGCUCAGACAUGACCUACAUGGUGUGCGUGGAGGGAGUAGUCGCGGGAUCCGUGUGUCAAGUUGCGCCCCGCGACCACUGCGCAGGGCUGGUCACUCUCCCCGAGGGGUUCGGCCACAGAGGCCUGCUGACCUCUGACCUCCAGCUGGUGACGGUGGCCACGCUGGCCGGGAACGCCGUGCUGCUGCUCGUCAUCGGCGGGGUCUGGCUGGGGCGGAGCCUGAAGAGGAGGCUGCAGAGGAGGAAGACGGCCGUGCACGUGCGGCACAUGUACUCCACCCGGCGACCGUUUCGCCCCGCCGUAGCGUCUCCAUCGGUGUCCGCCGACUUCACCAGCUACCAAAGCAGCCGCCCCGCACGGCUUGCACCACUAGAGGAAGGUGAUCUCAUUGAGUUCCCUUGUGACCGCUUUCUGGACAGCAACAGUGUUCGCAGAGACGGCGACAUGCAGAGAUUCUCUGACUAGAAAAUGUAAAAAAUGUUUCCAGAAAGACAUGUGAAUUGGCUCGUGUUGCAAUCUUUGGCCUCUUGCCACACCACAAUAUCAUCUUGAAAACAUGGGGUGUGCUUGUGGCUGUGAACAACUCCACCAUUUUGGGUCUGGGUUUCUCAUUUGACCACAAGAAAAAACUUCUUAAGUGACAAUAGAACCGCUGAGCUCAUCAGCGCCUUUUCAGACACCAGAGGAAGUCCAAUCCCUCUGACUUCCUCUCCCUGCUUUAGGCCUUUCCUCUUUCGUUUCCUUGCACCUGCGAGUGUUUUCUACAUGUGUGAUUUGUUGUGUGUAUGUAAGGCAUGAAUGAUUGAUUGCUCACUGAUUUCAACCAUGGUGCUAAUGUUGAGUUCGUAGACAUCAUAUUGUCUCAUAUUUGUACAGUAUGUUAAUGAUGGCUGCUGGUUGGCAGGAAGAAAAAAACACUUGUUUUGUAUCACAUCUAUCAUGUUUUAUACUUUUAUAUAUAAGUCUGCAUUACACGAAGAAGUAAAAAUCCCCAACAAUGUGA